UGCUGUGUGUUGAUGAUGUGCAGAGGAGGAAGGAAAGAAAAGGAAAAAAUACCCAACUUCCUUGUCAUCGAGUGUCAACUCCGUCAGACGUUUUCUGUUCGCCACAUUCAGCAGUUGUCAGUCGACUGAACCGGAGCGAAUAAAGGCGCAUUUAACAGCCCAUGAGAGGAUUUUAAGGUGGGAAAUGAUCGUGAGCGAGGAGAGAUGAACACUCUCUUCCUGUCAGCUCACCUGUGGAAUAAAAUCCCAAACGAGACCUCUCUGAACCUCACAGACUCUGACACUUCUGCAUGGAUCUUCCCUUCACUUCCCCGAGCUCCAAACUCCUCCCUUCGUCCCUCCCGUGAGAGCAUGUUUCCCUGCGAACCUGACCCUUCCCCGGACCCCCAGCACCUGGAGGUCCAGCUGGACUUCUUCCACAAGCUCGGGUACUCCACGGCUCAGGUUCAGGCCGUUCAGCAGAAUCUGGGCCCCAGCAUGGACAUAGAUAAAGUUCUGGGGGAGCUAGUUAGGGUUGGGGCCAGUCGGAAGGCCAAGCAGGAGGCAAAGCAGGAGGCCAAGCAGGAGGCCAAGCAGGGGCCGGUGACCACCAUGUCGGUGCUGGCGCCCAGAGGUGACGUCCAGCCUCCGGGCCCCACCCUGCUGAUGCCUUUUACUGCAUCAUCUCCUCAGAGCCGAGAGGAGAGCGGUGAGGAUGAAGACGCUCUCAGACCCGUCGUCAUAGAUGGGAGCAACGUGGCCAUGAGCCAUGGGAACAAGGAAGUUUUCUCUUGUCUGGGAAUCCAGUUGGCUGUGAACUUCUUCCUGGACAGAGGCCACACUGAAAUUACCGUGUUUGUUCCAUCAUGGAGGAAAGAGCAGCCCAGGCCAGACGCUCCCAUCAGAGAUCAGCAAAUUCUGAGAGACCUGGAGAGGAGGAAGAUUCUCGUGUUCACGCCGUCGCGGCACUUUGCAGGCAAACGGGUGGUCUGCAAUGACGACCGCUUCAUUGUCAAGCUGGGCUUUGAGUCCGACGGCAUCAUCGUGUCCAACGACAUGUACCGGGACCUUCAGGCAGAGGUGCCAAAGUGGAAGCGUUUCAUCGAGGAGAGGCUGCUCAUGUACUCCUUCGUUAAUAACAAGUUUAUGCCUCCUGAUGAUCCUCUGGGCCGCCAUGGACCAACCCUGGAGAACUUCCUGCGAAAGUUUCCAAAGACUCAGAAAAAGCUGCCAUGCCCUUAUGGGAAGAAAUGCACUUAUGGGAUCAAAUGUAAAUUCCUCCACCCCGAGCGAGCCAAUCAGUCCAACCGCUUGGUCGCCGACGAGCUUCGAGAGAAUGCUAAGCACCCUUCCACUGCUCAGAAGCAGCCUUCAGCUCGCUCGAGUCCCGUGCCCGGACAGAGCCUCGCAUUGGUGGAGGAUAUGGCAAAGAAACUGACUCUGGGACACGAGAGUGGCUCCUUAAAGAAAGACCACAAAAACGAAAACGUGGCUCAGGUGAAGACGAGUCACCGCAAGAGAGCCACAACUAGAAAGGAGAAAACCGGCCAACACUCGUCUUCUGACCAUGGCUCAGUGCGACGCAGUGGCUCUCAGGAGCAGCUGGACUCUGGUUUAGGCUCCAUAGACAGUCAGCCAAUGGAGGCUCCUUGGAGUGAUCCCCAGUACGGUGGGCCGACGUACGGGAGCUCCCAGCACACCCACAAUGUAAGACAGCCGUACUGCCUUCCUAGAAGUGCACCGUGCAGCUGCUGCUCACAUGGCCUUUCCUCUCAGGGGUCCAUAGCGGCCUUCCAGCACCAGAACCAGCACCACAACCAGCAUUACAGCCUCGGGCCUGUGAGCAGCCGCAGCGCGGACGUGGUUCCCUACGGCCGACCUCAUUACGCCAGCUACGGAGCAUACCCGGUCAGCAUACCCGCGUACAGUCUCACGCAGACAGCAGCAGCAGCAGCAGCAGCAGCAGCAGCAGCAGCAGUACUGGUCCGAUCCAUUCGGGGCUCACCCUCCAGCCCGCAACCUGCCGAGGGUGAGCUCACAUUGGGAGCCUCCGCAGGGGACACAGCCGAGUCCCGCCGGUGAGGAGGAGCGAGAGGUUGUCCGGAAGAAGCUCCUCGCCAUUUUUGGUGCCCACUUGGUGGACACGGCCAUGGAGCGUUUUCCUCAGGUGAUGGAUCCACAGAUGCUGGUGGCUGAGAUCCUCAUGCUGCAGAGUCAGAACCGGUCCCUGAGGUGAGACGAGGGCUGGGGGUCCGAUCUGAAACCCCCCUCCCUUGCGUCUUCCAGUGGAAAGACUGAAAAGGCCGUAGAAGCCGAAUUAAACAUGAGUUUAUGUUAUUUCUUGUAUUGUGGUAUCCACCUUGCUAUAUUUGAAUGCUUUGAACUGCGUAAGUUGCCCCAGUGAACUGGAUACAAGGAGAACCAGUAUGAAGUUGAUACAAAUUGUAUCUUUAUUUAAGCAUUUACAAACAGUGUGCAAUUUAUUAGGUACAAUCAACUUUCCUGUCAUAACAUCUACUUUUAUUUCUCAGCGGCGUUAAUUAGACGUUACUGUGAAAUGGAUGAGAUGAAUGAAAGGUCUUUGUGUCAUAUUGGCACUGAACACCGCCUUCACAGCCAAUAGUUUCAUAGGGUUGGGCCUUAAUGAGCAUCAACCCUGCAGUGAAAGUGUCAUGAAUAAAUAAUACUAUUAUUAUGUACAUUUUAAUAAAGGCUAUACUUUAUGUGAGUAAUAACUAAUCGAAUUAAAAACUGGCUUUAUACACCCAGUUUUGUUUAUUUAAUGCGUUUUUGCAUUUGUUAUUGAUACGUGAGUUAGGGACAGAAAUGUUUGACAGUGUUUAAUGUAUUGUUACGUAUUUUACAUGAGGGCAAAUUUAUAGACCGUCGACUGAGUACGACAAACCUGGAAUGUUCUUGUAUGUGUUAUGAAUGUUGCUUUCUAUGAAAUAAAAAUAAAUCUUUUGUAAUUAA